CUCUGAGGCAGAAUCUGCACGCAGCCUGACAUUAGUCUUGGGGUUGAUCUCAAUUGUGUUUUACAAUCAUUGUCAUAAUGACAGGAGGCGACACAGGUGGAUGCUUUGUGCUUUUCCUAGCUGCUAUAAUUCCAGUUUCAAAUUUUGGGGCUCAGAUCUACAGACCAGUCCUGCACCCCUCUGUGGCCCUCCCUCCGAUAGGGACCUACACACUGACAAAGCCUGAGGGGGAACUCUGCAUCAAAGCCACCCUGGGAGCACAGUACAUUGUCACGAUUAAGAAGAAGAGUUGGUACUACAAUUUGGAUCCUUCCAAGGUCUUGUCCAGUGGUUACUGUCACAAAGAAGCCGCUGUUCUGUCUCUCACCCUAUUGGAUGAUGCUGCCAGCCUGCAAUUUAGCUUCAAAAAAGUACAACACAUUAAACAUAUAGUCCUAUUACUUUUUGUACCUUUUACAGUAAACACUUCUGGUCAAUCCCAUACACUUAUUCUCACUUACAAAUAUCCAUUAGCCAUAAAAAUACAGAUUUGCAUCCAAGCAAGAAUGCUCUUCCCGCAAUGGCAAAUAAUCAUCAUAAACCGCAACAUUACAAUGCACUUAUGUGUUCUUAAUUCCCAGGAGAAUAAUAUUUUCUACGUCACCAAGCUGACUGCUUCAGUGUCUCCUCGGCCUGUCUGCUUGGGAUGUGCCAAUAAGACCUAUUCUGGUUUGGUGGAACGUGACAGGCUGUUUGCUGCAUCAUUUGGGCAAAGCUUCAAGUGUAAAUCUGCAAAUGUGCUUCUCACGUCCUCAGAAUUGAGCCUCAAGCUGGUGCCUCUGCAAAUGCAAGCCUUCAGUGUGCCGAAUGGACAUUACGGAGAAGAGGUGGAGUGUUUUGCUGAUUUCAACAAAAGGGUCGUACCCACUGUAUUAGGGGCCAUUGUGAUUGGACUCUUGCUGAUCGCUACUCUGACCUUCUUAUUUGUUAGAGACCGUCACAGACAUGGCUAUGACAGCCUCUGAGCUCACUCCGACACUGGUCAUGUCAACAUAUUUACAUGGAUUUUAUUACUGUCACUCAUGGCAAAGCUCCUUAAAUGAUGUACAAAAGGUGUGUAUACU